UGUCCGAUCCGUGGAGGGAUUAAAAUACACAGCCGCCGGACCAUGUUUUCCAGGAGCGUGAACGUGUGCGUGACCCUGUGUUUGUGGAUUACGGCGUUAACGAGCCCGGGAAGUGUGUCCGCGAGGAAGCAGGACGACUCUUUCUUCACUGCCAGUAUUUACCGGGCAAGAUGCGCUUCGAGAUGCCUCAGUCUGCACAUCACUCGCAUCUCUGCUUUUUUCAAGCACUCUCAGAAUAAUGGAUCCUUGGUUUGGUGCCAGAAUCACAAGCAGUGCUCCAAGUGCCUGGAGCCCUGCAAGGAAUCCUGGGACCUGAAGGAAAACCAAUGCCAGGAUUUAUGCGAGCCCCUCUUUCCCAAGAAGCACUAUGAGUGUCUUACGAGCUGUGAGUUCCUGAAGUCGGUAGAGGGAGUGAAGCAGGGUGACUGUCCCGCUCCGGAGAAGGCCAGCGGCUUUGCAGCAGCAUGCGUGGAGAGCUGCGAGGAGGAUGGAGAGUGUUCAGCCGUCAAAAAGUGCUGCCCCAAUGGCUGCGGUCACACCUGUCAGCUGCCCAAGAACCUUUACAAAGGAGUCCCUCUGAAGCCUAGGAAAGAGCUUGUGUUUUUGGAGCAGCCGUCAGGUCAGCUGGAGAUCCGCUGGUCCUCCAAGUUCAACAUCUCUGUGGAGCCCGUCCUCUAUGUGGUGCAGCGCCGCUGGAACUAUGGCAUCCAUCCCAGCGAAGACGAUGCCACAGAGUGGCAGACUGUGGCACAGACUGCAGAGGAGCAUGUCCAACUGGCUGACAUCAGAGCCAGCAGAUGGUACCAGUUCAGAGUUGCUGCAGUCAACGUCCACGGGACCCGCGGCUUCACUGCGCCCAGCAAACACUUCCGCUCCUCCAGAGAUCCAUCUGCCCCUCCCAGCCCAACCAAUCUGUAUGUCACCAACAUCACGCUGGGCGAUGAAGGCAUGCUGACAGCUCGUCUCAACUGGACUCUGCCAGAGGAGCCUGAUAUCCCCGUACAUCACUACAAAGUGUUCUGGAGCUGGACUGUGCCCACCAAAUCAAUGGUGCCAUCCAAGAAGAAAAGGAGAAAGACCACCAACGGGGCUCAGAGCUGGGUGGAUCUGGGGGGACUGCAGGCAAAUAGCAGUUACACUGUUGAGCUGCAGGCUGUCACAUACUGGGGACAAGUGCGACUAAAGAGUUCCAAGGCCUCGCUCCACUUCAGUACCACCCAGAGUAACGAAUCAGUGCUCAAGUCAAAGAAAGAGGAGAUAUCCCCUCUUGGUUCAACCUUGGCCAAACGCCCUUCUGGCCCUCUAGAGGUAGGCACGCCCUUCUACCAGGAUGGCCAGCUACAGGUCCGUGUCUACUGGAAGAACCGGGGAGACCCUGCAGUGAGUCGUUACCAUGUCCAGUGGAUGACGGAGUACUGCAGCCACAAUGAGACACGAGGACCAGAGAAAUCUGUCACACAGGAGAACUACAUCAACCUCCCGGGCCUGCUGUUCUCCUGCAAGUACAAAGUCACAGUUCACAUGCUGAAGUCCAAGAGACGCUCCAAGGACGAGAGCACCACCUUCCUCACCCCAUCCUGUGCUACCAUCCGGAGCAAGACUCACAAACACAUCCCCUGCCCAGGGGAAGGAGCUACCGGGCUUCCGAAAGUUUUGGCCAAGCCAGAGAAUCUUACGGCUUCCUUUUCCAUCAAUGAGGGAAACAUUACUGGCAGCUUCCUGUGGCGUGUGUCCAAGGUGAUGCCCCAUCAGCGAAUCACAGGCUUUCAAGUCACCUGGGCUGAGAUCACUACAGAGAGCCGGCAAAACAGCCUGCCCAACAGCAUCAUCUCCCAGUCCCAGAUCCUGCCUCCAGAUCAUAAUUUGCUCGUAGUGUCCAACCUGCGACCAUCCACUUACUACAGACUGGAGGUACAAGUAAUAACAACUGGAGGGGAAGGUCCCGCCACUGUCAAGACCUUCCAGACCCCAAACAUAUUACCAGUCAUUCAACACCGGCCCAGACUCCGGCAGCACCACUCUCAUCACCAGAAGCCGUCAGUAGAGAGACACUGAGCUGCAAAUGGAGGCAAACCCAAUAGGGAGAAGUACCAGUGGCUCUCUGCUCCUGUCUGUCAGAGAAGGAAUGUGUGGAACCAAACAGAAACACAGCACACCAGACCACGAACUGAACCCCCUGCGCGUGAAAUAUGGGUCCUCUUCCUCCCAGGCUCCACUAUACAUCAGCUAUUCCUUCUUAACCCCUCUGACUGAUAUGUCACCGGACGGGUUGGUCUGUACAGUUGAAUUUUUACUGCAAGGUCCCAUAUUCUGCAUAAUGUUAGUAAACAGAUCCACAACUCAUCAGGAAGUUUUAAUAGUCCAGGCAAAAGUGUGAUUCAAG